AUGGAAAAAAACCGACACAUCGCCUUAGACAAUAGCAAGAUAAAGUGCAAUCUAUUACUAGACGCAGCAAACACCAAAACAACAGACUCAAAAGACACAGUCCUAAAAGCACUCUCCUCCCGCAUAAAAGACUCCCUCAGAAACAUCCCAGAGGAAAAGCGUGCUGAAGUUGAGGCAUCCGUGGACACUUUCCUGCAGGAGAGACUAGAAAGCACAUUCAAUACGAUAAUUGGUGCACACAGCACGAUAUGUUCCGACAUGGUUAAAAUUUUCACGAAAGAAGCAGCAGCCGAACUCCCCUCCGAAUUCUCACAUGAACUCUCUAUCCUAAGCACAGAAAUAGACGUUUUCAUUCUACAGCAGGAAAUCCUGUACGAGAAAUACGUCCAGAAAGCUCUCACUGCAAGAAUAGGCGCAGAAGCCCUUUUAAAGGACGCCCACGGAGUGAUUCUCUCCUGCUGUGAGAAAGUACUCCAGAGCAAAGAAAUAAAAAAAUUCAGAAAGUCCAGGCUCGAACUCGCCCUCUCCAAAGACAGAGAUAAACUGGAAAAACUCACUGCGACUUUAGACGCCCUCCUGAAGAAAAAAGAAGAAGGCAGAAUCACUCUAGAAAAGACUGUGGAGAAAAAAGAAAAAAUGUGUAGUAGAAAAGAUGCCCUGGACACUUUUAGCUCUUUCACUGUAGAAAGAAUGAUUUUUGAGCGGGUAUUUGAGAAGAUUCAGAGAUUUUUCUCUAAAGAGGCGCAUAGUCCCAGCGCGUAUGCUUCCCUGAGGAAAAUAAUGGAGGAAAGGAGGAAGUUCUUGUUUUCGGAUCUCGUGGGGAUUUUACAAGAGCAUACCCCGAAUAACCCGAAAGUCUCUGCUACGGAAGUCUCUGAGAAAAUAAAAGCAACGGAGCAGGAGCAUCUGAGUGGGGGAAAUGGCAGGUCUGCAAGUGCGAAAACCCUGGAGAAAGAGGCCAAGAGGGCAAUGGAGGAUGCGUAUGAGCACUUUGCGGGCAUAGAACUUGCAGACUCGGUUUUUGAAGUCGCGUGCCUGAUCGAGGAUGCUGAAAAGGAGGUGAAAAAAUUGCAUGGACCUGAAAAAACGGGAAUGAAAAAUUUUAUCGGCAACUUGCAGGAGUUUGUUUCUCGGGUAAAAGUGCUUCAGAAGUCCUCCUUCGGGACUCUGCACAAAAUCAUCGACGAGUUCAGCGCGGACUUUUCGCUGCAGAAGUUGCUGGGGAAGUCUGAGUGUGCGGAACUUGCACUUUUCAACGACUCUCUUGAAAAAAUACUGGCUAAAUUUCCAAAUGAGGAAAUAAAUUCAGGUUUUGAUAAAAGUUUUCUGCGCCUGGUAAACUUCUUCGGCGCAAAAAGCGAAGCAGCAACGCGGGUGCACGACAAUGCAAUGGAAGCAGAAAACUGUCUUGUGACUCUGUGUGGGAUCAAAAGAGGCGAGACCUUACGCGACCGGAACCACAGAAUUUUAACGUAUGAAAAAUUUGCAAAAAAAACGGCCUUACCUGACUUUUCAGGUUCUAUCGAAGGUAUAUCGCUCGAAAGCCUGGAAGAUGGGAUCUCUCCGCACGAGGUCGAGCAUAUUCUUUCAGAGCUUAGAAUGGACAUGGAUUUAUACGCUAAAGAGCUAGAAGAGGCCAAAUCAGACUCCGAGAGACAGCAUUUGGAAGAACAUCUGUCGAAAGUCAAGGAAAUGCUGCCCCUUCUUAGCCAGAAACUUCGGUCUUUUAAGGGGUUAAGCAAAGAAAAAGUGCUGAAAAUCGAGUGUUUCCGUUACGCUUACCUGAUGAAGUACCAGAGAGAGCCUUAA